AUGAGCGCUAUGUUCAUCAGCACCCAGACCGCUACGCGGAGCAGCAUGACUGGGAGCACCAUGAACGAGACAGGUUCAACAGGGAGCGAUACCCCGAAAGGGACAUGCGACCCAGUGAACGGGACCAGCGGCUCGAACGGGAUCGGUUUGAUCGCCGGCCUGACCGAGACCCUGAACGGGACCGACAGGAUCGGCAGGAUCGGCAGGACCGGCAUGGCUUCCGCGAUGAACGGGGUGACGCGGCCAGUGGUGACCGCGGUGGGCGGAGACGAGACUACGACGGGCGACAUGGUGAAGAGCGCCAUGUGGACUACCGCGAAGAAUACCACAACAGUUACAACGACGUGGCUAAUCAUUCCAGGAGCCGCCGUGUGCGGAAGGUCAUGGUCAAGGAACGGAAGCCUGAUGUUCGGCUCGCGCGCGAUCGAGGGGAGGCCGCUGCGAGUGGAUUUCGGGAGGAUGAGAGGGAAGCUCGUGCAGAGACAGCGCGGGGUGACUACGUCCAACCCGGCAGCGACAGGUCACGCAGGGCACGUGAUGAGCCAGCGGACAGAAGACCGAAAGUCGCAGGUCAGCGCCCCAGGCAGGACCGGCCAGCUCGUGAUCGGAAGGUACGGCGGAUGCGAUUUGUUUUGGUUCAUGGCCAGUCCUCAGUGGCAGGCGCCGCCCGGCAGAGAGCUCAGGCGCUCGGAGCUGGCGUCCAAGCGCGAGGCGCCUCCCAAGGCUGACACAAGCACGCCGAAACCGCCAUCCCAGAAUCAGGGCCCACAUUCAGAGGAGCAUGCACCCGAAAAGCCGGGCGAGCCUGAUCAGCCUCCUGAGGCAUCCGGCCAGUCAGGUGCUCAGAGCCCUGAGGAGGGUGAGACCGGAUCUUCAGAGAGCAGCUCGGACGACUGCAACUCGCAGGCCGACUUCAGUGGAUCCGAGGAGAAUUUCGCCGUGGCCGUGGCCGAGGAGGCUCAGACAGAGCAACCUGCGAAAGCAGAUAAAGCAGACGGGCCGGACUCGAAUCUCAAGGACGGCAAGACGGAUUCCGUCAUGGAGCCGGUGGAAGGCCGGAAUGGGUCGCAGAGCGACGCCUCCCGAACCGUCCGAACCAUCCCCGUCCCGAAGCACCUCUGUAAGCAGCUCGCAGGUCUUUGUGCCGCAUCCCAGACCAAGCUCGAUAUCCAGGACAAGACGGCGCCCUUUGCUCGGGUCACCGUGUCCGGAAGCGAGAAGGCGGUCGAAACUGUCUUGGCCAAGAUCCGUGUCCUUGGACACAGGAGCCACGAUGCCGUGGAACUCUGCGUCGCAAAGAAUGCGCAGGGUCAGCUGCAAGGCUGGACGCAGGAAAAGAUCGGUCGGGCGACGCAGGCUUCUGCGACCUUCUCGCACGACAAGGACAACCUCCGCGUGGCGCUCAAGGGAGCUCCAGCUGCCGUGGACAAGGCAUGGCUCUUGGUGGUCAAGGCUGCACUGGGCAAAGCCUGGUACUCAGUCGCAGCUCUCAUGUUUUGGUGCUUCUCGCGGCGCUGCGACAUGAGCACCGGGACAGUAAUCACCAGGAAAGCGAUGCCGAGAAGCUUUUCAAGGGCUUGGGCGCUCUGCCUGCUCGUGAUCAUUCAGGUCCGGCAGUCGUGGGCAUGGAUAGCCCUUAAAGAUGACGGCAUCGCCAUGCUCCCUGCCCCGCUGGGUAGCACCGUCGACUUCCCGCAGGUGAUUUUCAGCGCAAGGACGGCGCCAAAGUGGAAAAUCACACUUUCAGAUGCCGGCACCCAGCUUGAGAUCCUUCGGCUGGAGUUCAGCGCCCACUACGCAGAAGUAGAGGCUGCAACUCAAGUGGCUAGCUUACUGCCUGUUCGGAGCUUUGUGCAUGUCGAUCCGGCGAUAGCUCUCUUCGGUCACUCUCGCAUUCGCAGCCUUUCCGUGUUGGACUUUGCAGACUUCGACUCGUCUCCGUCUGUUCGAACUGCUGCCUGCCUGGACUUCCGGCCUUCGGUCUUUGGGAGGUCGCACUUUGGGUCGGCCACGUCGGCCUUGGACUUUCUGUGCUCGGGUCCUGUGCUGCUGCAAUUCGGCCGUCAGCGCUUGGGCCCUUCCUUGCUCGCUCCGGACCUCGCCCAACUGGAUACUCCUCUGACGAGAUUGGGUUCAACGCUUGUCGUAUUGGACUACGCCCAGCCGGAAGCUUCCGCCACGCUGAGGGGCUCGGCUCGGCCGGAUGUCCCAGUGUUUGCCUUGCGUUCCGCUUACACCGGGGCAUUCUCUUCACUUCGGAGCCACGGUCAUUUGGGCUUCACCUCUUCUGCAAUGCUCAUGUCCCGCUUUGGCUUGAGCAUUCCUGCACCGGACAGCUGUCAUUCGGGAUCCUUCUCAUUGGUUCGGGCAUCCGUCCGGAUGGAUUUGUUCUUGCUAGUCCUGCCUCCCGGACAUGCUGGUUUUUCGUCGUUGCUGCACGGCUUCACCAGGAUGGGAGCCUUCUCAUUCCUCGUGGGACUUGGAUCCUUGGGCUUCUCCUUGCCUGUUUUGGACCUCAGCCUCUUUGGCUCAGCGUCGCUGCUUCGGAGCUCCGCUCGGAUGGGUUCAGCGCUCCCCGCCCCAGCCUUCGCCAGGCCCGAGCCCUUCUCAGCCUUGCGGUCCUUCGCACGCGCGGCUGCGCUGCUGCUGGUUUGUGGGAAAGCAUGCCUCGGAUCCAGCCCCUUCGCAUUGGACUUCUUGCUUCCGGGAUUCCUGCUGUUGUCACGUGGCUUGGUACACCUGGACUUGCAUGCGCUGGCCCUCGGAUUUUCUCACUUUGGCGUGGCGAUGUUGCUGCAGCAGCUCGGCAAGGCCGGCGCGUCUGCUUCGGUUUUUGCUCGUGGAAGGAUCGCGCCUGUGCCAUCGGUCUUGGAUCCCGUCCAUCUUGAGGCGUUGUCGGCCCCACAGCAGCUCGCUUGCCUGGGUCUGCCACUUCUGGUGUCUGGAUUUAUGCACCUCGGCAGCCCGCUCUUGCUGCGGAAUGUGGGUCGCUUUGGACUUUCGGUGGUGGUGGCAGGCUCUGUGCGCCUGGAUGUAAGUCUGUCUAUUCUGGAUGUGGGACUUUUAGGUUUUACCGUCUUCGCCCGGUGUGCAGGCAGGCCAGAAGCUGCUUUGUCUACUCACGACUACGCUUGCUUUGGUUCUUUGCCCCUGGUGCAAAGCCUGGUCUGUUUGGAUUUUCUUCUGAUCGUCUCGGAUGUGACAAAUUCGGGCAGUUCCCCAGCCACAAGGAGUCCCGGCUGUCUUGGCCCAACUGCUUCGGCAUCAGGCUUGUCCUGUGCAGGUCUUGUGUCCCCUUUGUCCGCUUCAGAAAGUUCUGUGCUCGAUUCGUCAGUGCCGCUUCGAUCGCUUGCAAAGCUUGGCACAGCCAUGGCCGCUUCGGACCUGGCGCAAGUCGGUAUUUCGAUGUUCCUACGGAUGCUUGGCCACUUGGGAGUGGUUCCUUCUGCCAUGGGCUCGAGUCGCCUCGGGCCUGCUUUCUCACCGCCGGUGAUCGAUAUUGUUCACAUGGCAAGUUCACCGCUGCCUCAAAGUUCUGCAUAG